GAAAGAAACGGACUGUGUGGUCAGCUGGGAGUGACGUCCUCGUGGGACUUGGUCCGUGUGAAAGUCGUUGGCUUGCUUGUGUGAGACCUGUGUGGCCGUGUUUGAAACCUGUCUGGAGCCAUGAAGAGGCUUUAUGUGGGAGGUCUCAGUCACACAGUCACCCAGAAAGACCUGAGGGACCGAUUUGGCAAAUUUGGAGAAGUCCAGGAUGUGGAGGUCCGGACCAGAAGGGAUGACCAAGGAGUGCCGUACAAGACAUUUGGCUACAUCAACAUGAACAUCUCUGACGUGGACUUCCACAGAUGCAUGACGGUGCUCAACAAGUCCAAAUGGAAAGGAGGAACCCUACAGAUAGAAGCAGCCAAGGACAGCUUCUUACACAGACUGGCCCAGGAGCGCCAGGCCCUGUCAGAGGAGGGAUGCCAGGGUCCGGUUCUGGACCCUAAAGACAAAGUUCUGGCGUCUCUGAGGAGCGCAGGAGUGGAGAACUUCCACAUGAAAUCAGCUGUUCCUGGGACGGAGGUUCCAGGACACAAGGCGUGGGUGGUGAGCAAAUUUGGACGCGUCCUUCCCGUCCUAAACCUGAAAUGUCAAAGCGGUACCAGAAGCAGGACCAUGAAGUACGACCCGUCCAAAUACAGCCACAACAUCAAGAGGCUGGAGCUGCCCAACUCAGACCAGCCCGUUCCUGUCUGCAAGCUCACCUGGGUCAUAACAGGAGGGGAUGAUGACAUCAGCAGGAAGAGGCGGGGCGAGUUCCCUCCACACAAACCGUGGAGGAUGAAGAGGAGUCGGGCUGCCCCAGAGGACAUGCCCACAUCCGGCUCCGCCCCUGCGGAGGGCAGAACCAGGCAGGGUGGUGUGUCGGUGCAGACUAAUGGUUUUAUUAAGGUGUCGCAUGGGGACCGUGGACCUCCGGGGGGCCUCAGACAGAGGACCUGGACUAAGGGCCUGUAUGGGUUUGACCAUGACGUUGACUCAGAUGAAGACAUCCGCAUGCUGGUAGAGUCUCAGCAGAGCUCCCAUGAUGCACUGCGGCAAGACGUGGAUGACGAUAACCUGGAAGUGGUUGGGGACGGCUACCAGGUGAAGUCCAACAGGUUCCAACAGUGGCAGAAAGGUGGUGGGGACGAGGAAGAGGAAGAGUAUGACUCAGCAGACACAGAUGAACUCCUCAGCUCCAGAAGACCUCCUUCACAACAGGAGAAAAAACCGUUGCCAGCAGUGGGCAUCAGAAAUACGAAGAGGAAGAGAGGUGGAGGAGAGGACGAGAAGGACGAGGAGAGCUUGAGGGAUACCGACCAACUCUUCACCUCCAGAACACCUUUAAAGCAGCAGAGAAACCACUCUGGAAGACCGAGUCCUCCAAAGACUCACUCUGGAAAAGGAAAGGAAGAAGUCAGCCCUGUUUUAAAACCGCUUUCCUUACAGUCAGACAUCAUGAUCAGUGAAGAGGAGGAGGAGGAGGAGGAGGAGGAUGACGACAGUGGUGGCUUAGAAUCCAGCAGUUCAGAUUAUGAGGCCUUGUUCUCACACUGUACCAGGCUGGAGAUCUCGCUGGCAGACCUACAGAAGCUGGCGGAAGACUCGCUCUCCGCCGACGGAUCAGACGAGCAGGAGCCUGCCCCCUGUCACACCUCAAACUCUCCAACUUCCAGCAUGCCAAGCGCCUCCUCUGAACCAGCAGCCAUACCGCCUCCCAACAACCCCCCAAGACAAGCCCAUAAAACAGUUCCCAAGAAAGGAAUUACACCGGAGGAGAUCCUGGCGGCCAUCUUAGAGGAUGAGGACAGCGACAAAGACGAAAAGAAGAAGAGGAAGAAGAAGAAGAGUGCUGUCUCUGCACCUCUCCCGACCUUCCAGGGAACCCGAGCUCUGAUUAUGGAGACAUAUCUGACAGAGGAGGAGAAGAAAGAGAGCUUCCAGCUAAACCACACCUCCCACAGCAGCAAAGAGGAGAGCCUUGAGGGAGUUGCUCCUCCUCCUGGAACUGACUCCACCCCUGGAGGAGGUGCAGACCUUUUCACACCACAGACCACACUUUCUCUCCCCACUCCUCAAACCAGCUGCUCCUCUACUGACUCCUCUGCAGAGGAGGAGAAGACAGGAGGCAAGAGCCAAGUGGUGGAACUGCAGUCAAAUAAAACAGAGGAGCCAAGUUCAGAGGAGGAGUCUUCAUCAUCCAGCAGUGAAGAUGAAAAGGUGUGUGUCAGAGCUCCUGGUGGUGGAGGAGGAGGAGGAGGAGGAGGAGCAGAGAAAGAGCAACAGAGGCAAGAUAACCUGAGACGACUGGCAGCUGUGGAGCGGAGACGGAGAGAGAUGGAGCAGCACAGGAAGCUCAUCCAGGGAGCACUAGCCAGCGUGGAUGCCCCAGCAUCAACAGGUAGACACAUUGUCUUCGCUUCUGAUGAAGAGGAUGACGAGAAUGAAACCAAAGACAUGGCCUGUCAGAAGACGUCCAUCUCUAAGCUGUUCGAUAGCAGUGAGGAUGAGGAAGAUGGUGAUGAAAGUCAAGAUGAUAGUAGGUUUCAGGUCAAACCUCAGUUUGAGGGCAGAGCUGGACAGAAGAUGUUGGAGAUGCAGGCUCGUUUUGGAACAGACCAGCGGUUCCGGUUGAACGCUCGCUUCCUGGAGAGUGAUGAAGAGGAGCGUGAUGAAGAGCAGAGCACAGAGAGGAAGAGGAGUGGGAUGGAGGGAAAGGAAGAGGAGGAGGAGAGUCUGGAGGAGGAGAAGCAGAAGAGCCUGUCUAUCCUGCAGAGCAUUCUACACACCAACAUCCAGCCCAGCAGUAAGACUGUCAGCAAGACCAAGACGUUCAGGGAUGUGUCGGCGCUGCAUUAUGACCCCAGCAGAGAGGAGCACGCUGCAUAUGAGACCAGCCAGCAGCAGCAGGAGAAGGAAAGUAAAGCUGCCAGGAAGAGGAAGCGGUUGGAAGCAGAGAAAGUCCCAGAGGUUUCCAAGGAGAUUUUCUUCGAUGUGGCUGCAGACCUCAAGGACUUGUUUGGAGGAACCAAGGAGCAUGGACUGCAGUCCGAUGGAGAGAGGAGUGUCGGCUGGGACAGAGAGGAGGAGAUGAAGGAGGAGCAGGAGGAGGGCGAAAAGAGAAAUGAAGACCACUCCCUGCUGGUUUCCUUACUCUCAGCAGAUUCCAACACAGCCAAAGAAGAUUCCUCAGGAUUUAAAUUCUCGUUUUUUGGAGAGGAAACAGAAAGCAGGCAGACAGCUGAGUACCACGUAGAAACCAUCCAGAGACCAGACAUACCGUCAUGGCAACUAGACCCGCGUUUCCAUGACAGCAGUUCUGAGGAGGAGGAGGAGGAGGGUGAUGAGAAGGAGAAUAAGAAAGGGGAUGCGGAAGGAAAACCAAGUACCACCUCGAAAACCCCUGAAGAGCAACCUUCAUCCAAGACGAACAACUUCUUCUUUUCUCUGAAAGACGACAGACUGACUGAUGGUCCCAGGUUAUUCUGUCGCUCCUCUAAACUGGAGGUGCAGAGAGAUGAGUGGGAGGAGAGGAGGAGUGCUCUGAGACAGGAGUACAAGAAGAAGCACAAACACGCCAGGAGGAAGCUGCUGUCCUCGCAGCGGAGCUGAGGACUGUGGGAAGGAAUGGGUAUAUUUUCAGCCAAUCAGAGCUGCGGGAACAAUUUCAUCAUGCAGCGCUUUGUGUCUGUGAUUGGCUGACGUGUGCAGUGGGCGGGGUUAUGCCAGGACUCCGACCCUUCAGGCCUUCACUCAUUUUCCGCCAGAGAUUCAGCGUUGCCUCGUUUCUCUGUCGCUGUUAAAAUGGCUAUCAGCAGCCAAUAACAUACAAGCAUUGCUCUAUGUCCCGCCCAUCACCCUGAAGAUGAUUGGUGCUGUAGCUGUCAGUCAGCGAGCUCAUACAGUCCACCUAUGAGCCAGCAGCGAGGUGACAUGGCCACUGUCUGACACGGGUUGGUUUCACUCAGGAAUCGGUUUGAUUGAUAGGAUUAGACGAGGGAACUUGGUCAUGAUGUCUAACAAAUGAUUGUAAUCAAAUUACUGCUUAUUUUCUUUUAUUUCCCCCCCUUUUCUCCCCAAUUGUAUCCGGGCAAUCACCCCACUCUUCCGAGCCGUCCCGGUCUCUGCUGCACCUCCUCUGCUGAUCCGGGGAGGGCUGCAGACUACCACCUGCCUCCUCCCAUACAUGUGGAGUCACCAGCCGCUUCUUUUCACCUGACAGUGAGGAGUUUCACCAGAGGGACGUAGUGCGUGGGAGGAUCACGCUGUCCCCCCCCCCCCCCCACCCGAACAGGCGCCCCGACUGACCGACCAGAGGAGGCGCUAGUGCAGCGACCAGGACACAUAUCCACAUCCAGCUUCCCACCUGCAGACACAGCCACUUGUCUGUAGGGACGCCCGACCAAGCCGGAGGUAACACAGGGAUUCGAACCAGCGAUCCCCGUGUUGUUAGGCAACGGAGCAGACCGCCACACUGCCCGGAUGCUGUUAUUUUUUGUACUGUGAUGGAUUACUUCCUCUCCAAGUUUAAUUCACUUUCAACUUUAUUGCAGCUUUGGCUUCAGCAAACUGGUGGUCGGGUGAAAUAUUGUGCGAAGUUGUGCUGAAUAAAGACAUCUGAAUGAA